UGCCAGCCGUCUCCUCGUCUGAGCGAUUCCACUUCAUUCUAAGAACCGUGAGCAACGACUCCGCACCGGGCUGAAGUUUGCCGAGCACAACGUUUAAAGCGCUCAGUCAGAUAGAUAGGUUCAUGUGGCGGUACCCCGGUCUCAGCGUAGUAUUUUCGGCCAAAAAGUGGGAUCCUCCACCGCGGGCUCUUCAAAGUCAGCUGCUACUCCUGUUUUAAAGAGGGGACAUGUUCUUGUUUGCGCCGUGUUGUUGAGGAGAGGUAGCAAACGCUCAUCUUAUCCAACACCUCCGGAUGUACUGCAGUGUGAUAAAGCCCAGUGCCGGUAGCCACUGUGCCGCGGAGUGAAGGAGUACAACAGAAGUGCACCAUGUUGAGAUUACGCACCGCUGUCCUGUGCGCUUUCUCUUUUCUCUCACUGACAGUGGGAGCGGAUGUAAAAACUCAAAACUGCAGCCAGGUCAGAGACGCUUACACCGCUAAAGGCUUCAGCUUUACCAAUGUCCCUUACCAGGAAAUCUCAGGUGAGCAUCUGCGCGUGUGCUCCCAAGAGAAGACCUGCUGCUCGUCAGAGAUGGAGGACGCUUUCAGCCAACAGAGCAAAAUUGACUUUGAGAAUGUGCUGGAUGGAAUUAGCGAAGGCCUGCGGGCCACAUUCGUGUCAAGGCAUAAAAUGUUUGACGAGUUCUUCCUGGAGCUCCUGGACAACACCGAGCGCUCUCUCAACGAGAUGUUCGUGAGGACGUACGGCAAGCCCUACAUGCAGAACGCCGAGGUGUUCCAGGCCUUGUUUGCGGAGCUGAAGCGCUACUACAAGGGCGGCAACGUCAACCUGGAGGAAAUGCUCAACGACUUUUGGACACGGCUGCUGGAGCGCAUGUUCAAGCUUCUCAACUCCCAGUUCGUGAUCACCGAGGACUACCUGGAAUGUAUCAACAAGUACACGGAGCAGCUCAAGCCCUUUGGAGACGUGCCCAAGAAACUGAAGUCUCAGGUUACGAGGGCUUUCAUCGCAGCACGCACAUUCGUCCAGGGCCUCACCGUCGGCAAAGAGGUAGCCAACAGGGUAUCUAAGGUUAGCAUGUCCCCGGCUUGCCUAAGAGCGCUCACCAAAAUAUUCUACUGUCCCUAUUGCCAAGGCGUGCCAUCAGCCAAGCCCUGCAAGAACUAUUGCCUGAACGUGAUGAAGGGCUGCCUGGCCAACCAGGCCGAUCUGGACCCGGAGUGGAAUCAGUACAUCGAUGCCAUGUUGCUGGUGACUGAGAGACUGGAGGGACCCUUCAACAUUGAGUCUGUCAUGGAGCCGAUCGAUGUCAAGAUCUCCGAAGCCAUCAUGAAUAUGCAAGAUAGUAGUCUUGAGAUCACCCAAAGAGUUUUUCAAGGAUGCGGUCAACCCAAGCCCUCAGGAAUGGGCAGGUCUGCCCGUGGCAUCUCGGAUGUGUUCACCGCCCGCUUCAAGCCCUACAGCCCCGAGGAGCACCCCACCACAGCGGCGGGCACCAGCCUGGACAGAUUGGUUGUUGAUGUGAAAGAGAGGCUGAGGAACUCAAAGAAGUUCUGGUCCAGCCUGCCAGAUGGCAUCUGCCAAGAGGAUAAUGUAACGGUCAGCGAGUCCGACUCUGAAGACUGCUGGAAUGGCCACAGCAUGGGCAGGUAUCUCCCUGAGGUGCUGAAGGACGGUCUGACCCACCAGGCCAAUAACCCAGAGGUGGGGGUGGACAUCACACGGCCCGACACCUUCAUCCGCCAGCACAUCAUGACCCUCAGAAUGAUGACCAACAAGCUGAAGAACGCCUUCAACGGCAACGACAUUUACUUUCAAGACUCCAGUGAUGAGGGCAGUGGCUCGGGCAGUGGGAGUGGAUGCCUGGAGCCGUGCGUGACGGAGCAGGAGCCGGUCCAGACGGAGGGGCCGGUGGUGGAGGCGGACCGGGGCGAGGAUCACUCUUCCUCCUCCUCUUCCUCCGCACACACACACUCCUCCUCCUCCGCCACCCUCCUCCUCCUCCUCCUCCUCUCCCUCUCAGCACUCGCACUGCACAGCCACUGGAGAUAGUGCCAGGAGAGCAGCCCCACAUUCACACACACACACACACACACACACACACACACACACACACACACAAAUAUAUAAAUAUAUACAUGACAGACUGCAGUUUUUCUAUGCUGUUUUUUUGUACACAAUCUGCCACUAAGACUUGUGUUUGGUCUUCUUACCUGGACGUGUGUGAGAAGUGUGAAGUGGGGGGCGGUCGGCAUCGGCCAGCGUCGGUCAGCCACCUCCCCUCAGCUUUCCCAAAGAGUGUGUUCAGCGCCAUGACCUGAGUCAGCCCUCUCCGAGCAGACGGACACGCCCGGUGUCCCGCGACACGAUAGAGGUCCUCUCAUACUUACGUCUGUGUGUAACGCUAUUCUUGUUUUUUUUUUUUUGUUUUUUUUUUUAAAAACAUACCUUUUUCCUCUUAUUUGUAUCUUAAAGUAGGACUUUUUUGCUGAACACGAACAGAGAGCAACACUUCAACACUGUGGUCGUUUGUGUGGGAUAGCUACUUGCUACAGUGAUGCAGUGUCCGAUUAGUCAGUAUUCAGUAUUAGGUCCCACCACUUGAUUGUAUUCAAAUAUUACCACUUGAAAUGUAUGUUCUGGGAGGUCAAGGACUAUUAGAGUGAUUGAUGUUUUUUUUUCUACCAGAAAAGAUGUCAUGUUUUGCAUAUACAUAAUGAUACACAUGGGAUUUUUUAAAUAUA